CCGUCAAGUCAAUAGACUCCCUCCCUCUGCCAUAGAUUUGCUCUGUAAUUCAUAUGGGUAGACUGCCUCUACUCAUAAGCGUCUGACCCUACCUCCCGUCAAACUAAGUCCCUCUUUCGUCUCCCACUUAGCAGUGACAGCCAACCUCCAAUGUGCUCAGUCAGUGGCUAUCGAGAGCGGUCGUUAUUGCACCUGCUUCGGUAGUGGUCGUUGGGUAGCAUCCAUCCGGCACGCGCGAGAAGACCCUGUGAGUGACUAAACUUUAGAGAUCCGAAGAGAUCAUUUAACGUCAUGGACGUAAGGCUGCAUCUGAAGCAAAUUGCUUGUCUGUGUUUUAUCAGCCUGCUUCUGACGCCUUGUGGAUUAGCCUGUGGUCCUGGUAGAGGGUAUGGAAACCGAAGACACCCAAAGAAAUUAACCCCGUUGGCUUACAAGCAAUUCAUUCCCAACGUCGCCGAGAAAACGCUUGGGGCCAGCGGAAAACACGAAGGCAAAAUCACAAAGGAUUCAGAAAGAUUUAAUGAGCUGAUUCCGAAUUAUAAUCCCGAUAUCAUCUUUAAAGACGAGGAAAACACAAACGCGGACAGACUGAUGACCAAGCGCUGUAAGGACAAGUUAAAUUCGUUGGCCAUAUCCGUUAUGAACCAGUGGCCGGGCGUGAAACUGCGCGUCACUGAAGGCUGGGAUGAGGAUGGUCACCAUUCCGAAGAAUCUUUGCACUACGAGGGACGCGCAGUGGACAUUACUACCUCAGACAGGGAUAAAAGCAAGUAUGGGAUGCUAUCUAGGCUUGCAGUGGAGGCAGGAUUCGACUGGGUCUAUUACGAAUCUAAAGCCCACAUACACUGCUCCGUCAAAGCAGAGAAUUCGGUCGCUGCUAAAUCAGGGGGAUGUUUUCCUGGAACGGGUACAGUGACACUUGCAGACGGGAUGAGGAAACAUAUCAGAGAUCUUAAAGUGGGCGACCGGGUUUUAGCAUCCGACGAGAGAGGAAAUGUCUUAUUUAGCGACUUCAUUAUGUUCAUGGACCACGAUCCGAAAACGAAAAGGCAAUUCGUCGUCAUCGAGACGUCAGAGCCUUUUACAAAGCUGACCCUCACAGCCGCGCACCUAGUCUUCAUCGGGAACGCUUCAGCUAGUUUGGGUGUAACGGCAACAUUUGCAAGCAACGUGAAGCCCGGAGAUAAGGUUUUGGUGUCGGAUGACACACGCAGGACCCUCAAGAGCGUUACCGUAAAGAGGAUUUACAAUGAAGAGCACGAGGGCUCUUACGCGCCAGUCACAGCUCACGGAACUAUAAUAGUGAAUCAGGUGCUGGCUUCGUGCUACGCGGUUAUUGAGAACCACACAUUGGCACAUUGGGCUUUUGUACCGGUCAGGUUAAGUCACAAGAUGAUGACGUGGCUUUUUCCGGCUCGUGAUUCAAACGUCACUUUUCAGGAGGACGGCAUCCACUGGUACUCAAAUAUGCUGUUUCACAUCGGAUCUUGGCUGCUGGACAGAGACUCUUUCCAUCCACUCGGGAUUUCACAUUUAAGUUGAGACUGCA